GCAGCUGACAGUAGCAGACUCUCAUUAGAGCAGUCUUAAAAACUGUGUUUGAGAAGCUCUCUGCUGUGGAAACACGGGCAGUGGAUCAUAUUUGUGUAGUCGUAAUCACAGUGUAAGCUCAGAUGUAGUAAGAAAGGAGGGGUUUGCUUCGUAACGUCUGUUGGGCCAUAAAAGUUAAAAUGCAGGUUUCCUUCCCUCUGUAGCGCAUGGCAUAGGACACAGAUGGGUUGGGAACUGCUCUCCUUUCCUUCCAUUGUUUCUCAUCUGUCUGAAGAGAAUACGGAGAACUUCCUGCUUCCAGUAGAGGCCAGGGCAGAGGACAACUUCUCUACGCGGUUUUCACUUGCGAUCACUAACAGAGCCUGCAAGUGGUCUUUGGCUUGAGUUUAACAGUGCAGUUACUGAGUAAUGCUCUCUUAACCCUCUGGCUCUUGCUUAGUUCCUGAGCAUAUCUCACAAUUACAAUAUAUGUGUAUAUAUAUGUGCUUUUUACUACAGGAUGCUUUGCAUGCGGAAUGGAAAAUGGAUUCCGAGUUUAUAAUGCAGAUCCACUCAAAGAAAAAGAGAAACAAGAAUUUCUAGAAGGUGGUGUUGGCCAUGUCGAAAUGUUGUUCCGUUGCAACUACUUAGCACUAGUAGGUGGAGGAAAAAAGCCCAAGUACCCACCUAACAAAGUAAUGAUCUGGGAUGACCUGAAGAAGAAGACUGUCAUCGAGAUAGAGUUUUCUACAGAAGUCAAAGCAGUUAAGCUGCGAAGAGACAGAAUCGUGGUUGUCUUGGACUCGAUGAUUAAAGUCUUCACCUUCACACACAAUCCCCACCAGUUGCACGUCUUUGAAACCUGCUACAACCCUAAAGGUCUCUGUGUCCUUUGUCCAAAUAGUAAUAAUUCCCUUCUUGCAUUUCCUGGAACACACACUGGGCACGUGCAGAUCGUGGAUCUGGCUAAUACAGAAAAGCCUCCUGUGGACAUACCGGCCCACGAGGGAGUCUUGAGCUGUAUAGCUCUGAACCUGCAGGGAACAAGAAUUGCAACAGCAUCAGAAAAAGGGACCCUCAUAAGAAUAUUUGAUACUUCAUCAGGGCAUUUAAUCCAGGAACUACGAAGAGGAUCACAGGCAGCCAAUAUAUACUGUAUCAACUUCAACCAGGAUGCUUCCCUAAUCUGCGUAUCCAGCGACCACGGCACAGUACAUAUUUUUGCUGCAGAAGACCCUAAAAGAAAUAAGCAGUCAAGUUUGGCCUCUGCCAGCUUCCUCCCCAAAUACUUCAGUUCCAAAUGGAGUUUUUCCAAAUUUCAGGUUCCCUCAGGCUCUCCGUGCAUUUGUGCCUUUGGAACAGAGCCAAACGCCGUCAUAGCGAUAUGUGCCGAUGGCAGCUACUACAAGUUCUUAUUCAACCAAAAAGGGGAAUGCUCAAGGGACGUCUAUGCUCAGUUUCUAGAAAUGACGGACGACAAGCUCUGACUGAGCUGAGGGAGCGCGUGGGUCAAAGCACUGCCUCGGCUAUUCCACACCUUUGGAAGGACAGUAUAUGAAUGUCCAAUACUGAUCAAGAAGUUUAGCAGACCUCACUGAGAAGCCUGGCCCAACGUGAUCAGAACAAGCUCUGAAGUAAUGGACUACGUAUGUUUAUUCUCAUUUCUGCAAGUAUUCAUCAUUAAAAAUCUCUUUGGGUUACUGUCAUCAACUCAAGUUUUCAAGAUGUGGCUUUCAACAAGCUUGUGCCUAUUGGGUUUCUCUUAAUCUAAACUGUGAAAUGACUUCAGAUUAAACACCAGUGCCUGCCGCACGGACCGAUCCGCAGGGGGCCACACCAGUGUACAGCCGGCCUUAGGAAAAGGGAUGUGAAAACAGAAGAUUUUAGGCAUUGCUUUACUUCCACGGAGUGGCUGGGAGUGGGAGGGAAUACUCUGGCUCACACCAAUAACCUCCCCGGGGUGGCUGGGAGCAGGAGUGCUGCCUCCCCCCUCCCCAGCACGGCUGGGAGCGGGAGGAGAGGAGAAGCGCGGAGCCACAGGAGACUGUAGCUCGAACCACACUCAUCCUCCCAGCUGGUGCGGGGGCUGGGGGUGCCAUGGCCACAGGCUGCUGCUCACCUACCCCUACCCACGGUGAUUGAGCGAUCAGCGCUAAUUGUCAAAGGUGCCAAACUGCAGACAGCAGCCAAAGGCACAGUGGGGCACUGGCUGAGCCAGCUCAGCUCUGGAGGGGGCGCAGGGCAGGCAGCCGGGGGCACGGGGAGCUCCUGGAUGUGUAGAGGAGAUUCCUUCUGUAAGGAAAGAGCCAUUCCAGGUUUAACAGCCACCCUGGGCAGCGGAGGGACAGCCCUACCGCCCGCUGCUACAACCGCUCCGCUGCAGCUGGAGGGCUGACAGGCCACUUCACACCCAGCACAGCAAAGCAAGGAGGUGGCACCACACGUACAUCUCUGCAACGGCUUUAAACUUGCAAACUUUUCUUUUUUUUUUACUUUAUUUGAGAUGUUGCAUACUAAAUCCUGUUGGCCUAGGGACAGUUAGGUUAGACUAAACCCACUGACUUGGAAGCUCUUUUGUAUGGCAAUUAAUAUUUACUGCUAAGCUAAGGCACGAGAUACAGACCUAGAAACUGAAAUAGACACAAGCUCUCCCUUCAUAGCACUAAAUACCCCGGGGAGGGACGUCUUGCUCUUCUGAAAUCUAAUUCCACAGAUGCUUCCCAUCUGACACGCCCGUUCACUCUACGAUUUAGCUGCAAACUCUCUAAAUUUGACAAGUUUCUUUUAGUGUCACGUAACAUACUAAGGACUAACUCCUACGCAGAUUUUGAUGUCGAGGUUGCAUGUUGCUUUUAUGUGUAUUUAAUCACACAAAUUGUUUUGCACACUUAUUUGUAAUAUGUUAUUUCUUUUAAAUAAAAGUGACUAAUUUUGCUGUA